AUGUUCCUGGAAGCACACAGGUCUUACCGUGAAGAAAGAGACUUCAACAAGGCUGUUUCCGAGCCCUUCCCAUUGGGCCCCAACGUCCAGCCCGUCGGCCUCCCCCCAGAUGGGUACGAGCCCCCAGCUGGGCUGCCCGUCACCGCCACCGGCUGGGGCGCGACCGAAGAGGAGGGCCACGGCGCGUGCCACGGCGACUCUGGAAGCCCGCUGGUGCACAACGGCACCCAGCUCGGCACCGUGUUCUGGGGGCAGCCCACCUGCUUCGGCCCAGCUGCCGUCUACGGCAACGUCGCCAGCGUCGGCUCCUGGAUCAGGAACACUACCGAGGCCUAG